GGAGGGCCUGUAGCUUUGCUCUGGAUGUAUGUAUUUGAAAGGGAGUUACAUGAGGCUCGCAAGAAGGUUCGAAACAAAGCACGUGUCGAAGGUUCAAUUGUAGAGGGGUAUAGAGUACAGGAGGUCUCUAAUUUUAUUUCUAUGUACUUUGCUGAUCAUGUGCGAACAAAGCACACUCGCGUCCCUAGACAUGAUGAUGGUGGUUUCAGAGCACCUACUGACUGGCUGUCUAUAUUCUCUAUCCCAUAUCGCACUCUUGGAAAGAGCACAUCAUGUAACUUAUCAAGAGAAGAAUGGCAGGCUGCUAGGGUAUAUGCAUUACUCAAUUGUGCAGAAGUUGACAAAUAUGUCUUGAAAUUUGAUAGGGGGAUGAAACAACAAAACAGGAACAUCACUACAACUCAAUUACAAGAGAUGCAUGAGAAAGAUUUUCCAACCUGGGUUCGUGAGUUGGCUGGAAAAGAUGAAACAGUUGAAGAACAAGUAAGGGCUCUUUCCAUUGGGCCCCGAUACAUGGUUAAGUGUUAUAAGGGAUGUGAUGUUCAGGGGUUUCGUUUUCGUACACAACCAUAUGAACAAAAGAAAUCAUCGAGGACAAUGACAAAUAGUGGAGUUUGUGUGUCAGCAAAUUGGUUUGAUAACCAAGGGCCUGACUACUAUGGCACUAUUCAGGAGAUAAUAGAGUUGGAAUAUGUCAGUGAUAGUGAUCUAAAGGUGGCUCUAUUUAAGUGUGUCUGGUUUGAUCCUAAGAAAGGAGUGAAGUAUGACAAAGCACUAGGCCUAGUUGAAGUUAACCAUACAUCAAGAUUGGAACAAUAUGAGCCUUUUGUGCUUGCAUCCCAAGUGGAACCAAGUAUAUUAUACACCAUAUCCAUCGCCACCACGUGAAAGAAAAGAUUGGUGGGUUGCAUUCAAGACAAAUCCAAUUGGUACUUUACCCGUUCCUGCAGUGGACGAUGAAGUUGAUGAUUCGCUUCCUCCUGUAGUUUCUGAAUAUUAUCAAGAGGGAGAGCAGCUUGGAGCUGACAUUUCACAGGAGCUUGGUGAUGAAAGCUUGCUUCAUGAAUCAAAUAUUGUUGAGCAAGUUGAUCCAGAAGAUAUGGAUUUUUUAAAUAGACCAAAUAGCCAUGAGAACAUAGAGAGUUAUGUUGCCAUGGACAGUGAUUGCAGCAGUGAAGAUGAAGGGCCAAUAGAAUCAGAUAAUGACUCAGACAAUGAUAGUGAUUCUAGUGACUAAACAAUUGAUAUAUAUAUGUGUGUGUGUGUGUGUGUGUGAUAUUAUUAUUUCAUUUUCUCAUGAGCAGUGGCAUUAUUACAAAUUUACUAUGUUAUCUAUUCUUCAAUGACUACAUUUGCUUGCAAAAUAACCCUUGUUUUUACUAGUUAAGUACUAUGUCAAGACGCCAUCGACAUUAUCCGGAUCCUGAAGUUGAAGACCAUUUUGAGGAUUCAACACAAGAUGAACCUUCAAAUUCUUUGGUUACUUCAACAAAAGAAAGUAAGGGUGGUCGUGGUCCAAAUGUUUUGAUGGCACCAGUUCCAGAGAAAGAUAGGGCAGUGAUAACUCCACUCAAUAAAGAUGCUUGGAUUACGAAUCCUAUGAAGAAGAAUGUUUCAUCUACCAUCACAUGUCUUAUAAAAGCUCACUACCCUGGCACAUAUAGACCUUUGGAUAAACAUGGCAAACAGGUGCCUGAGGAUGAAGCAGUUGUCAUUGCUCAUUAUCACAACUUUUCUGCUCAUACAAGGAUAACUAUUCUGAAGGAAUUUUUGGUGAGUUACAGUGUUAGCAUUCACAUAGAAUAUUUAGGUUCUUUUAAUGGAUUGACGUCCUACCUUAUCCUUUUACAGCUGUGUUUUAAGUUUGCUGAUGGUAGAGAAGAGGAUUGUGCUAGAUUAUUUUAUCGCAAAGCUGUUGAACGUUUUAGCCAAGCUUUGUCACAUGAGAAAUCUGAAGCAAAACGUUCUUUGGAGAAGCAUAUCGAAAAUAUGCGUGCGACUGAGUUACAACAGGAUGGAGAUGCCCCUUCUCAUGAUGAUUUUGAUGUUGAUGAACCUCAACUUUGGAAGGCAUUCCCUCCUUAUUGGAUUGAGCAAAAGUGGUGGGAUAUGUUGUGUGACUUGUGGUCUGAUGAAAAUGUAAAGAAGGUGUCAGCUCAAAACAGCAAAAAUCGGAUGGAAGGAGGUGGUGUUCAUCAUACUUGUGGUUCACGAAGUGUUGCUAUGCAUAAACAAGCCAUGAUAAUUGAGAAUGCAGGGACGGAUGUUGAUGAUAUUGAUGUCUUUGAACGCACACAUCGACAUGCAAAGGGCAAGGGACAGUAUGCCAACAAGAAAGCUGAAUAGUUAGCGGUGGUGUAUAAUGAUCGUGUCAAGGAAGGAGAAAACAAUCAAGUCAACAAACAACAUGUUUGGGUGCAGCUCACUAAAGGUAGAAAACGUGGAAGGUAUUAUGGUCUUUCAGGAAUUAUAGAUAGAAACCAUGUUGGUAAUUCAGCAAGUGCACCAUCUGGUAGCAUGGAGACACAGCCACUAUACACACAGCAGCAAGUGCAAGACAUUGUUCAGCAGGCAGUCACUAAUGCUGUGAACAAUGCUCAUCAAGAACUAGCAUCAAGGAUAGAAAGGCUAGAGCAGACAGUGGAUAAGGAUAAGGCAGAAACUCAUUCCCAUGAUGCAAAUGGACCAUCUUCUUCUGUUGUCCCUGAGUUCCUUCAUGCACUUCUCAUGAAUGGGAUGAACACUACUGAAGAAGCGCCACAAGCUGGUCAUUGUGGAAGAACUUGUGAGAAUGAUGACCUCUGGCGUUUCUAGGAUGUGCUAAUGUCGAAUUGCAAGCAUUUAGAGAUUAGGAAUCUAGGAUCAUGUUAUCAGACCUAUUAUAGUUGCUAGAUUAAUCAGUUUGAUCAACUUACCUUCUGAGACUAUUUUAUUUAUGUGUUAUUGUCUACAGACCUGUCUUAGAUUAAAUGCAAAUAUAUUGUCUACUGUUUAUAUUGAUCAUUAAAAAUCCUUUGACGCUUUUCUGUCAGAGCAAAUAUAAUUGUUGCAUCAUGUGAUGCAGUAUCCAA